UAUCUGAAAAAGUUAAGGAAAAGCACAAGCAGAGUACCACAUGUUUCCCACAGCGCGAGAAGACAACAACAAUCACAACGCCAAUGGUUUGGAAUUAGUUGGCAAACCAGAGAGAAAAUGGGAUUCUCAGUGCUACUUUGACUGAAUCACCCCACAAACAAGCAUCUCUCUCUCUCUCUCUCUCUCUCUCUAGAAGCUUAAGCCAACCCAAGAAAACAACACUUUCUUCCUCUCAGCUUUCCCAUCAGAUAGCAUUCUAGAAAAAGGGUAACAGAGCCGGAGAAAAAGAAGAAAGAAAGAGGGUUUUGAGAUGGGUACAAUUACAAGCCCAUUCAAAGACCCAUCUCAUCACUCUCUUGCCAGAAAGCUCUUACCUUAUACCAUCUAUGUCAUCCUCCCCAUUGCUGUCCUUCGCUUAUACUUGUACACCCCCUCUCUCCCUCAAUCCACAGAUCAGCUCCCUCAUUCCACUGCCAUUACCAUCAGCACCACCUCAUCAUCUUCUUCUUCUCCUUCUUCAUUGCCUCCUUUUCCUUCUUCUCAAGAAGUAGAAACAGGUGAAGAAACUCCAUGUGACUACACCAGUGGGAAUUGGGUCCAAGACAAGCUGGGCCCUUUGUACAAUGGCACCACCUGUGCUACAAUCAAGAAAGGACAGAAUUGCAUCACCCAUGGGAGACCUGAUUUGGGCUAUCUCUUUUGGAGGUGGAAACCCAAGCAAUGCCACAUACCAAGGUUUGAACCCAACACUUUUCUCCAAAUCCUUAGGAACAAACACAUAGCAUUUGUGGGUGACUCCAUGGCCAGGAACCAAUUGGAGUCUCUUCUUUGCAUGCUAGCCACUGUCUCUCCUCCCAACCUUGUUUAUACUGAUGGUGAGGAGAACAAGUUUAGAAGAUGGCAUUUUUCUUCUCACAAUGUCAGUGUGUCAGUUUAUUGGUCACCAUUUCUUGUGAAAGGUAUUGAGAAAUCACAAGAUGGUCCAAAUUACAACAAGUUGUAUUUGGAUCAAGUUAAUGAAAGGUGGGCAGCAGAUAUGGGUCAAAUGGACAUGAUUGUGUUGUCUGUUGGGCAUUGGUUUUUACAUCCAGCAGUUUAUUUUGAGGGUGAUUCAGUUCUUGGCUGCCAUUACUGCCCUGGUCUUAAUCACAGUGAGAUUGGUUUCUAUGAUGUGCUGAGAAAAGCCAUAAAGACUACCCUCAAGGCCAUAAUUGAAAGGAGAGUUGCUAAUGCUAAUGGCAAUGGGGUUAAUGUAAUUGUGACAACAUUUUCACCUGCACAUUUUGAAGGUGAGUGGGACAAGGCAGGGGCUUGCGCCAAGACCAAGCCUUACAUGGAGGGAGAGAAGCAGCUUGAAGGAAUGGAUGCUGAGAUGAGGCAACUUGAGGUUGAAGAAGUAGAAGCUGCUAAGGCAAAUGGUAAAAAAUUUGCAGGGUUUAGGCUGCAAGCAUUGGAUGUGACCAAAUUAUCACUGAUGAGGCCAGAUGGUCACCCAGGGCCUUAUAUGAAUCCAUUUCCAUUUGCUGAUAGGGUUCAAGAGAGGGUCCAAAAUGAUUGUGUUCAUUGGUGCUUGCCAGGGCCUAUAGACACAUGGAAUGAGAUAAUGCUAGAGGUUCUGAACAAAUGGAAUAAUCAGGGUCGGUGAAUUAAGGAUGAGCAAAAUGAGUUGAUGCAGUAUCAGAUCGGUGGGUCUGUUUCUUUCAAACUUAUUCUCAAUUUGGGUGGUGGUGGUUAAUAGCUCUGAGAGAAAGCCAAAAGAAGAGGAAGACAAACAGGUAUUGAGUUGAGUGGUUUUGUUUGGGCUCUCUCCUGCAAUGGAAGAAAACAAGAAGAUUUAAAAGAUCAAUGGCACGUAUUAUAAUCUAUAUAUGUUUUGGAAGGUAGUUCCAUUGUGGUCUAUAUAUUGUACAAAUGAAUUCGUUUGGAAGAAGUGGGAUAGAAUUCUUAAAAGAUCAAUGGCAGUUCCUGAGAAUCCAUAAUGUAAACCUUGCCACGUUGCCUACAA